CACAGGAGGCGACGACAAAAGGGGGAAUAUUACAAUUCAAGCCAGCUGAAAUCUCUCUUAUCAGGAAUCUGAGCAUCACAAGCAGAAGACCCAAAAUGGACGCCCCUCUCUCCAUCCCCUGCAACAUCCAGAUCUGUGAGGUCACCUGUGAUUCCUUCCGCAUCAUGUGGGAUAUGACGCCAGAGGACACGGCCAGAGCCACUCACUUCUUCAUUGACCUGAGCCGCAAAGACAGCCGGGACCCCAACCGCUUUAAACACAGGGAUGUGCCGACCAAGCUGGUGGCCAAAGCGGUGCCUCUGCCCAUGGCGGUGAGGGGACACUGGUUCCUGAGCCCACGGACAGAGUACUGUGUCGCUGUCCAAACUGCUGUGCGGCAGCCCGAUGGGGACUACCAGGUGUCAGAAUGGAGCCAGGUGGUGGAGUUCUGCACCGGGGACUACGCCGUGGAGCACCUACAGCAGCUCCUAGACAAGGCCAAGGGCUCUGCAGGGAGACUGCUGAAGUUCUCUGUGUUUUAUCGAAACCAGCAUCCAGAGUACUUUGACCAUGCCAGAAGGGAAUGGGGAGGCUGGAUGCGCCCCGCUCUUAAAGACAGCAGUGGGAGUCAUGGUUCUCCGAUCAGCGGCAAACUGCACGGAGUCUUCUUUAGCUGCAACACUGAGUUUGACACUGGCCUCCCUCCCAAAGACUCUCCCUACGGUCCGCUUCGUUUCCAGAUUCCAGCUGGACACCUGCUGAACCCCAACAUCAGCCUGUACUUCGCUGACUUCUACUGCAUGUACACGGCGUAUCACUAUGUGGUGCUGGUGCUGGCCCCUGUUGGCUCAGCAGGAGACACCUUCUGUCGUCCUCGCCUCCCUUUGCUGGACUUGGCCUCCAACCCCUUCCUGACAUACACUGAACCUCAGAGACCGGGGGAUGAGCCUUUAUACUGCCAUGCCAGUGAUGUCAUCCUGGAGGUGCUUUUCACAGAGCCGGUUCACUUGGAUCAAGGGAGCGUGGAGCAGAUCAGCGGACACCACCAGCUCAAGAGUCUGACCACUGCCAACGCCAAGAAAGACCCGAGCUGCAAAGUGUGCAACAUUAGUGUGGGACGCUGAGGGGUAUGCUGACUAAAGACGAGAUCAGGAUGUGUUUAAGCCUACUGAACUGAGAGAGACAGAGUUGCAAAGGACAAAAACAGUAGAGUCCAUCAUGUGUAGGUCAGUGGAAACAGCACGCCUCUCGGGGUGUGUGCAUGCUGCUC